AUGUACGGUGGGAAUAAAGUGAGUAAAUUUCUCCCACUGGUGGAUAUUCACCUGCUUGGUAAUAAAAACCAUUUGUUGUUUUUUUGUGGGAGAUUGAAUUUUGGAAGUAAAAAACAGAAAGAAAAGGUUGAUAAGGAAACUAAAAAGCUUCGUAAGUUUUUAAAAAUAUCCAAUAUAAAAAAUAAUGAAGAAGAUGAAAAAUAUGAAAGAGAUAUAAACGAGAUGGAUAUGAAAAAGAAGAUGAAAGGAAUUAGUGGAAUGACACAAAUUGAUUAUAAAAUAUAUGAUAUAAAAAUGGAAGAAAUUAAUAAAAAUUUUGAAAAUAAAAUCAAGAAAAUAUUUGAUACAUGUGUACAAAUAGAUUUUUUUAAUAAUAUCUCUAUUUUGAAAGAUAAGAAAAAUAUAAAAUUAUGUGAUGUAGCACAAGUAGUAAUAAAAUCAUCUAAUUUAAUUUACUUUUAUCCUUAUACAAUUAGUGAUAUACAAAAAAUUAUUCAUAAUUUAAAACUUAAAGAUAAUACUUGGAAUCCCACAGUGUCAAAUGAUGGACAAUAUGUUAUUUUACAAAUUCAACCUUUAUCAGAAGAUGUUAAAAUGAAAAAAAAAAAAGAAGCAAAAGAUCUUUUUGAAAAAAGUAAAAAUGAUAUUAGAAAUGUCAGAUAUAAAAUAAGGGAUGAUAUAAUAAAAAAUAUUGAAGGAGAUCAAUGGAAAAUUGUGGAAAGGAAUAAGUUAGAUAAUUAUAUCAAAGAUAAAAUAAAGAUAAUUGAGAAGGUGUAUGAACAGUGUGUAAAAAAUUAUUAA